AUGGGGCACGCCUGGUUGGACUCCUUGUCGGAGGACUGGGUGUCGCAGCCUGGAUCUGCCGACGCGUCCUUUGCCGAAGCUGCUCCCUCCCCCGACCCAAAGUUGCCAAAACCACAGACACCGAGUAGGAUCCCGCGUCUGAGUCCCCACGCCAGGAAAUUCCAGAACGCCGUCCUCGGUGCGAGUGGCAGUAACAACAAGAGCGGCCCCAGCAACAAGGCCGGCAGUAACACCGGCAACACCAGUAACGCCAGUGGGAAUAUUCUCGGCGAAAGAAGCAUAAAUGAGCGACUGGCCGCCCUCCGUCGCACCCCAUCCAAACUCUCACAGGAGCUGAGUCCCAAUGGCCGCGAUUGCCAUGCAUGCCGCUCCGCUUCGGCCUCGACUACUAACUCCGUCGUCCGCAAGAGCUUUCUGCGUAAGUCGCUGAACGCCUCGCAGUCUAAGGGGCAGGGAGGCGAGACACCCGAGUGGAAGCGGCGUCUUGUGUACGGGGACUUGUCGUAUGGGGAACAAAAGGAUUUGUUUACAUCGGCAGGCACAGGAUUGGAGAAUAUGUUCAAGCCUCCGCUAGCAAUGUCAGGCCCGUCACAAAACGGGCGGACCGAGUCCUCUUACCAAGAACACGACUCACGCUUGGAUGUGGCCGUCCCAUCCAGUCCUCCGCCCUACCACUACCACCGCGAUCCAUCGACAGUGGAGAUACAUGUGGACGAGGGACACCAGGAUUCGUCCCAGUGGCCGCUAAAUCACGAGCCCCUACCGGCGCUACCCAGACACACCGAUGAGCACGCCGAUGCAAGGAGGGAAUCCGGGCUCGGUACCCACCAGGAAGGGUGUUCGCAUCACACCUCCAACAUCAACCAGACGGCAUUGUCGGCCGACGGCGAGUCGCGGAAGGUCAGUGGCCGGAGCGACAUACGCAACGAAGACUUCAGUCCCAUUAUUCUGGAGAGGCGCCAAGCUAGCGACGGCGCGACGACUUUCAGUCCCGCCGACCUGCCUCCCGAUGAACUCCGCAAGCGGCUCGAUAUGUUGCGACGGAACCAGAUGAUCGUCACCGGUGAUGCCAACGACGGCACGACCCAAAGCCGGGCUGCACCGCGACAUCUUGAAAUUACACAAGACCAUUUUAGGUUAGAGGGAUUCGUCAACUUCCAAAGAGGGGGUCGGUCUGGGGAAGGGUCGUUCCGCAACCACGUGCUGAGUUCCGCUCUCAACGACAGCUCCGAGCUGGAUCCAGAAGAGUCCCUGCAAGCGAGCACGCCAAAGCAGUUUCCGAGCGUGAGGGUCGAACAAUGGGACACGUCCCAAAAGAUCCCCGCCGAUAGCCCAGACUUCCCACGGGCCCCAGAUCCGAGCCCAGAGAAGCGGCGGGUACCCGUGCAUCUCAGCCCUGACAGUCCCCUCAAGCUCUUCCAGCCUUACGAUACCUUUACCAACCAAACCCUCCUGAGACGCCUGAGCCAGAUGCACGACCAAGGAGGAGAAAAUUCCUUCUCGAUAGCCGUAGACGAGAGUCGGCUACAGGGGGACAGCCCAUCAAGGUUGCUCCUUCCGGCCUCCCACAAUGGUGACGAUCAUUCUUCUGCCUAUGCCAACAGGUUUGGCGCUGGAGAACUUGAUGGAUACGAAUUCAACGAUGAGUUCUCCCACAUGACCCACGACGCCACUGGCAUGGACGGGGACAAGGAGAACCGCGACCCGGACGAAGACUCUAUCCUUCCAACCCACCCACCCAUUUUCGACCUCACCCACGACUCUUCGCCGUUUGAGACACCGGAGCUCGUGGUGGACCGGCGGCGAAAGUCUACGACGUCCCACCCGUCGCGACGCGCAGGCAGGGCUUCGUUUCCCGCCUAUUUCGACCUCUCUCCACCCGGGGGCCGGAGAGACUUGUCUGGUCCAGAAUUCAAGCGGCCCCGCACAUCGCCGUCGAAGGAUCCUACUCCGAAGCGGCGGAGGACCUUGCACAGAUCAGACGUUUCAUAUGGGACCGAAGAGUUCAACUCAGUGGCCGACUCCGCCCAACUGUCACACCAUCAGGGACGACCGGCCCUGGGCCGGUUCAGGGAAGACGCCCACAGCAGCAGCCAGCAUGGCGCGGCGGACCUCGACGGCCGCCAAUCGAUACGGCCCCGGACGCCGACGCCAAACCAGAGGUCUUCGAUCCAGCGGGAGCGCCAGCCCCUUUCCCAAAUGGAGAGAUCGCCUGGGCGCUCAAGCAGGCAUUCGCAACCUCCGCUCGCCCAUCCGGUGGGUGCCACAAUCGAGACACACCGAAAACCAUCUAUCAAGACUGAGGACUUCAUCAAUGAAGCAAACAAAAUCAUGGCCAUGAUCCGCAGCAAGGCCGGCUUGCCGAACGGUCUUGCCAGCGUCGAAGAAUCUGACGAGGAGAAAGGCCAACCCUCGCCAGAACUCGACGGGUCCUUUGAGGAGUCGACCCAGGAACCAUUCUCCCGUCCUCCCAGCCGCGAGGGACGUCCUCCACUCACGCGCAUGUCCACGAAGCAGGAAGACCCAGUCCUUGCCGAGCAGCUCAAGAAGUAUGAAGAAGCUAGCGACAUGGGUGAUCUGAUGCCGUCAUCAGUGCGUUCUACUCGGCUUGCCGAAGUCGCAAGGGAGCAAGCGACGGCGGAAUGGGCCAACAACCAAAGCCAAGCAUCCGAGCACCAUUCUGAUUUUGUCAGCGAUCCCCCCAACAUCCGCAUCUCCCGGAACCCCGAUUGGCAAGAGCAACAAUCUGUCAAUGGCCCCGACGAUGCCAUGCCCGCUCAAGGCUCAGCGCGUUUCAACACCCAGAGCACGGGGGUUUCCUUCCCGACCGUGUCAUCGGGUUCAUCGAGAGGAUCUGAGGCAAGAAAAACAAUCAUGCCGGAGAGCGUAUGUCACUUGAUUCCGGAUCAGGUUGGGAACAUGAUCCUGGACAGGCAGCGCAACAUGUGGGUCAAAAGGAAGGGAUCGGCCGAGUCAAAAGAGAGCUUCAUACAGUCCGACAUUAGCGAGGACGACCCGUUUGCCGACAUUCCGGACCUAUCUGUCGACGUGACGAGGGAAAUGCAGAACCUCCUCCUAACUAGAAAGAAGGAGGAGACGCUCCAAGAUCGUGUUCCUAGCACCGCGCAGAUCAGCCCGACGAAGCCGCAUAGAGUGGGUUCACUUACAAGGGCCGCCCUUGACGCAGCCGCCGCGUCGCCAGCCAACCAAUACCCGAAUCUAGGUAGCGCCGAAGAGUUCGUCGAGCAUGAAAUCAGUGUCAACGAAGGCCGGGUAGAGACCAAGCGACUCACCAUCAGUUUCUCGUCUCCCGUCGCAUCUGUGAUCCAGGACGUGGCCGGCAUCAAUGACAUGAGGUCAGGGGAUAACAUGCUCGAUCAGGCGACCGACAACCGCGACCAACCGGUUAGGGGCCGGAGGAUAGUGUCGAUUCACAAAACCACCAGUCGGUCAGCCAGGUCACGCAGCACCUCGCGCGGCCCGGCGCGCCAUCUCUCCUUCCGGGGUAAAUCUCUAAUGGCACGCCCCGUAUCCAGGAUCGAUGAACGGGAUGAGGAUUCUACUGUGGGCAAUGGCCGGGACCAUGAAGCAGUUUCGGGCAUGGAACUCAGCGUCCUGGGGGAUUACAGCCUGGCCAACCGUGACGACAGCGAAGGGCAUGGCAGCCUGAGUAUCCUGGUCGCAACUCCGGGAAGGGCUCCUGCUUGCCCUGCUGCUGGUGUCGACGCCGCCCCCAUAAUAAGCCAAUACGUGGGCACAUUUUCUCUCAGCCCGCUUCCGGAUUUUGGGAUGCAUCGUGCGGAAGAGACGCUGCCCCUCGAAGCCAGCUAUGUGGUUGAUGGCCAUCGCCUUGUCACGGGCGAUAAAUCGAAGCGGAUCAUGUCAAUGGCCAUGCGCGAGCUGGUUGACAAGCUUGCCGAGGUAGAACCCUUCGAGCCGUACUGGGAAGACAUGCGAGAGCUUGAGCUGCGCGAGAAGCGACUCAGCGCACUGCAAGCGCUUGACCAGUACUGUGGGCAGCUCGAGAGUCUCGAUGUCUCCAAGAACAUGAUUAGGAAUCUUGGCGGGAUUCCCUCGUCGAUCCUGCAUCUGCGGAUAACGGACAACCAGCUGUCGAGUCUCACGGCCUGGAACCACCUCAUGAACUUGCAGUACAUCGACGUCUCGAACAAUUCGCUUACUAGCCUUUCGGUUUUCAAGAACCUUAUCCACCUGCGCAGUCUGCGGGCGGACAACAACCAAAUCACCAAUCUAGACGGCAUCAAGUUCCACAAGGGGCUGCAGACUCUCCGCGUGCGAGGGAACCUGAUCGAGCAGGUGAAUUUUGACGGCAACACGCUGCACCAGCUCACCGAUCUCGAUCUGAAAAACAAUCAGAUCAGCCACAUCACCAACAUCGACCAGCUUCCUUCCCUGAGCUCCCUCAACCUCGACUCGAACCAGCUCACCUCCUUCUCGGUCGACGCCGAUCAACCCAUGACCGCCCUUCGGUACCUCCGUCUUGACGACAACAAUCUCACCACGCUCAAUGUUCGCGCCCUCCCACACCUACGCCUGCUUCACGCCGACCGCAACGCGUUGGUUCACAUAUCCGGCUUCUCCCGCGCCCGCCGCAUCGACUCCCUCUCCCUGCGCGAGCAACACGGCACGGCACCACUGGACCUCGCCCACCUGCUCUCACGCGCGUACGAAGUCCGCAAGCUGUACCUCUCCGGCAACCUGCUCGAAUCCUUCUCCCCCCGGAUCGACCUGCUCAACCUGCAACUCCUCGAGCUCGCCAACUGCGGCCUGUCCACCCUCCCCGACGACGUCGGCCUCCUGCUGCCCAACCUGCGCGUCCUCAACCUCAACAUGAACGCCCUGACCGACCUCGCCCCGCUGCGCGCCGUCCCGCGCCUCAAGCGCCUCUUUGCCGUCGGCAAUCGCCUCGCCGACCCCGCCCGCGUCAUCGGCACCCUCGCCAGCAUGGCCUGCCUGGCCGCGGUUGAUCUGCGGGAUAACCCGCUCACGCAGGGGUUCUAUGCGCCUGUGCAGGUGGUUGUGCACCAGCGGAAGGGGGCAGACGGUGAGAAGGAUGAGGGCGGUGGGGAUGGUGAUGGCGAGGGGGCGGGCGAGGGGUUGUUUGUGCUGGGGGAUCAGGACGCCGAGAGGGAUGCGCGGUACUGCGCGCGGCUGGAUAUGGAUACGCGCGUGAGGAGGCGGUUGUAUGAGACGAUGGUGCGGAAGCGGUGUGGGAGGGUGAGGAGGCUGGAUGGGUUGGUGUUGGGGAAGAAGGGUGUUGUUGGUGGUGGGAGCGGUGAGGAGGAGGACAUGGUGCUGGCGGCGAUGGUGGAGAAGGGGCUUGUGAAGAGGAAGGGGUCUGAUCAAGAUCAACUUCAGCCGGAGAGUGGGAGGGAUGUGAGUCAGAAGAAGAAAGUGGUGAUGGCGACUCCGGCGGCGGCGGAUAGGAGUGGCCGGUGGCCGGCGGAGGACAGUUUUGCGUGA